UAUGGUAUAUAAAACACAAAAAAGGUGAAUCACAGGGUAGAGGCAAAAUUCUUACAAAAUACUAUUCAAUACGAAGAAAACUUAUUAAAGUAGGCUUGCUCAAUUUGAAAGAUGUGGUUCAAGAUGAGACUGAUAGCGAAUUAAGUAACGAUAACAAUGAAAAUAUUUUGCCUUAUGAAGAAUAUCUAUUAUGGUUACAAAAUAAUUCAAAACCGUGGCAAAAAGUUCAAGAAUAUUGGUCUUUGACUGCUAAGAAAAGAAUUAAAAAACUUUUAUCUGAUAAAGAACCUUGCCAUGAAUAUAUGGCUAAAUUUCCAGCUCUAUCUGAUUCUCUAGGUUAUACAUUGUUGGAAACUGACUUUGAAACGUUGUAUCCAGGUUGCAAUUUAAAACUUUAUCUUGCAUGGCCAAAAUUAUCUGCCUUUAUAAUCGAUAAAGUACAAUCUAAAGCCAAAAAUCGUUUGAAUAAUGUUUUUACGCCAGAUGGUUCUACAAUUGCAACAUUAUCCUUGAUAUGUCAUCUAUUUCCUGUGAUAACAGUUAAAAAAGGCCAACCGAGGAAUUGGAGACCUUCUAGAGAGGAAUGUGAAGAAGGGUUUCUUCUACAUGUAAAAACAAUUGCUGAUCUUGAAACAAGAUUACAUGAGCGAACGAUCAAAUUACAUUCAUUUGGUUUAACCUCGCAACCUAUUGCAAUAAUAGUUGGCCCUAGUUUUGACGACAUUAGUCAAUGUUUUGUUGUCAUCAAUAACUACAGGUACGAAGUGGAGACACCAUUAAGAGCCAUAGAUUUUAUUGUAAAGUCUUGCAAUGCUUUAAAUAUCCGAUAUCCUUUUGAAGUAGGCCAAGUAUUUAUGUUUUUGCAAAGAGCUGUGUACGACUUUGAAACUACGUGGGACAAGCGAAAGAAUUCCCAGCUUACUAGUGCCGUUUUAGCAAGAAUUCAAGAAUAUAAAUUACUUUAAAAUUUUAAAACGUUAAAAUUAUUCAGAUUGUAUCAUGCCUGUAUGUUUUUUAUGCAAAGAGACUAUUACGUCUGUUAAUGGUCUUUUAGUACAUUUUAACAUUAAACAUAUUGAUUCAUUAACAAUUUUUAAAUGUGGUGAAGAUGGAUGCAAUCGUAAAUGGUCUUCAUGGAAUUCUUUACGAAGCCAUUUAAUUGGAUCUAAUCAUAAUUUUCCUGCUUGGCCUGCUUCUGAACAACAUGUAUCUAAAGUAUUAAUUGAACCUACUGAAACACAAAUUGAAAGAAAAAAAGAAUCCUGUCUUAUUAGCAAUGUUAAUAUAAGUAACAAUGAUGUAAUCUCAAUAGAAUUAAGUAACAAUAAAUCUUCGUCAAUAACUCCUAUCGAAUUUAAAUCUCUCGUAAGAAAAAGUUGUGAUGCUUUUGUUGCAAAAUUGUAUUAUACAUCUUCAAUUCCGCGAAAAUACAUUCAAUCUAUUAUUCAGGACAGUUGUACAUUUCUCAUAAGUGGUCACAUUUCUAUCUUAAAAGAAAAAAUUGUUUCACAUUUUACUGCUCUAAAUUGUAAUAAUGAAACAAUGGAAAAUAUUAUAUCAAUGUUUCAUUGUUUUGAAAAUCAAUUUGAUCAUCUUAGAAAUGAAUACCAACGCAUGAAAUAUUUUAAGGCUUGUGGCAAUUAUAUAGCUCCUGUUAAAUAUUACAUACAUAAAAAAAGAAUCCGCAAAAGAAUUGGAACUUCCACUACUGAAAAAAUUAAAGAUGUUUGUGGCUAUUUCAUACCUUUGAGACAAGUAUUACAAAAAUUUUUUCAACUACCUGACGCUUUUACUGCAACAAUUUCUUAUAUUAAUUCACUUAAAAAAUCAAAUAGUGUAAAAAACUUUAUCCAAUCCAAACUUUGGCAUAGUAAAAGAGAAAGCUUUAAAAAUAAUGAUAUAGUUUUACCACUAUUUGUGUAUUACGAUGAUUGGGAAGUAAACAAUCCAUUAGGGUCACAUAGUGCUUCUCUUGGAGGAGUUUAUUGCUAUAUACCAUGUUUGCCGCCUGAAUGUAUAUCUCGUUUGGAGAAUUUCUUUUUGGUUCUUUUGUUUAAGUCUCAAGAUCGUAAAGAAUUUGGAAACAAAAAAACAUUUGCACCUUUAAUUGAGGAGCUGAAUUUUUUAGAACACGUUGGAAUAACAAUUAAUGUAAAUGGUAACAUUUAUAAAAUAUACUUUGUACUAGGUUUAUUAUUUGGUGACAAUUUGGGUCUUCACGCCAUGUGUGGGUUUGUUGAAAGUUUCCGGGCAAACUAUACAUGUAGGUUUUGCAAAUUACAUCGUACUAUUUCUGAAACUACUUGUCUGGAAGAUGAAUCUGUUCUUAGAACACGUGAAUCUUAUAGUGCUGAUGUAGCCUUAGAAAACGUUUCUUUAACCGGAAU